AUGGCAGCAACCACUACCCGUCUCAAAUUCCAAACACAGCCCAUCAAACCUAAACGCCGCCGCUGUCGUGAGACCACCAUCACCACCACAACCACAACCACCACCACCACCCCCAACACCUCCGCCUCCGCCUCCGCCUCCGCCUCCGCCGCUGGAGAUAACGGCUCUUCCUCCUCGGCCGCCAUAUACAUAAAUCAAAACCAUUCCCAAAACCGCAGACUCGAUACGCCCAUUAUAGUCUCUCCCGACAACUCCUGGUGCUGCCCCGCUUCUAAACUGCCCUCUCCUCCUCCGGUCGACGCCGCCGUCGCCGCUGCCCCUUCUUCGUCUCUAGAGCCCUCCCCUCCGCCGCUCUCCUCCUCAUCCCCCUCAGAUCUCAAGAUCCGCCACUCGCCCUCCGACAUGGAUUCCUACCAGAAUGGCAUCUACGGCGGCGGAUCCGCCUCCGGCGCCGGUGCCCAAGAAAAUUCCCCGUCUUCCCUGAGCAAAUUUAACUCCGCACUCACCGCGGGCCUCCUCAAUCCGAUGUCGCCCCCACCUCCGGUUGACAAAGCUCGGUCAAGCCCAACCCUUUUCGAAAUGAUGGCUAACGAGCCCGAAUGCCUCCCAAGAACCGCGGUCGUCGCCCAAAACGGCUCCAUCCCUGCCCAAAACGGCCAAAGCUCGAAGCUUUCCGCGAACCCACCUCCUCAGGACCGGCAGGCGCUAAUGCAGCAGAGGCUAAUGGAUAUUCUUGCGUCGAGGAGCCCUGGAAACCUGUUCAACGACGCCGUUUCAGGAGAUGUGAAGCUUACUCUGAGUUCCAAGGAUGGGAUUAACGUUUCCAUGAGCGUUCACCGUCAAAUCCUUGUGGUGCAUAGCAGAUUUUUCGCCUUGAAGCUGAACGAGAAGUGGGUUAAGCAACAGAGGAGUUCGGGCCCGUAUAUUGUGGAGAUUGCGGAUUGUGAUAAUAUCGAGGUUUAUAUCGAGACUCUGAGACUGAUGUACUGUAAGGAUUUGAGGAGAAAGCUGAUGAAAGAGGAUGUUCCUCGCGUGCUGGGUAUUCUUAAGGUCUCGGCUGCAAUCGGAUUUGAUGCUGGCGUACUAUCUUGCCUUGAGUAUCUAGAAGCCGCGCCGUGGGCCGAGGAUGAGGAGCAAAAGAUAGCCUCCCUCCUCUCCGAGCUCAGGCUCGAAGGAGUCGGGGCCGGCGAAGUUCUCAAACGAGUCUCCCUCGACGCAUCUUCUGGGGCCCAUGGCGAGAACGACCACGAGCAGACCCUUCUCAAGCUCCUGCAAGUGGUCCUCGAGGGAAAAGACGAAAAGGCACGUCGGGAGAUGAAAAACCUCAUGACCAAGAUGCUCCGUGAAAAUUCCUCCCAAAACGACUUGAGCAAGGAGUCUCUAUACUCAGCCUGCAAUUCCUGCCUCAAGUCUCUAGCCCACGAUUUUUUACGUGCCGCUGAAGGAGACGAUCCACGGGCUGCGGGCUUAAUAGCCCGGCAGGCUGAUAACCUGCAGUGGCUGCUGGAUAUAAUGAUCGACCGACAGGUAGCCGAGGAUUUCUUGAGGACGUGGGCCUCACAGUCUGAGUUGGCUGGGGCCCACUGCAAGGUCCCAGCUGUUCACAGGUACGAGGUCAGUAGGGUUACGGCCCGGCUGUUUGUUGGGAUCGGGAAGGCUCAGCUCCUGGCCUCGAAGGAGGCAAGGUGCAUGCUCGUGCGUACGUGGCUGGGCCCGUUUUAUGAGGAUUUUGGGUGGAUGAGGCGGGCCUCGAGGGGGCUUGAUCGGCAUUUGGUCGAGGAAGGGCUUGCUAAUACGAUUCUGACGCUGCCAAUGAGCUGGCAGCAAGAGAUCAUGAUGUCGUGGUUCGACCGGUUUUUGAAUUCGGGGGAGGACUGCCCGAAUAUCCAGAGGGGGUUUGAGGUUUGGUGGAGGCGGGCCUUCUGGAGGCGGAAUGGUGGUGAGGCCCCGAAGGCCCGUGAAAUGCGGGUUGUGGCUGCUGCUGACAUGGAUAACUAG